CUCGUACACUCCGUUCACCGACGCCGACGCCGAGCACAGCGCGCUCCCCCUCGACCCUCCCUUCCUCUGGCUCCAGCUUUAGCCAUGUUUCCUUCUGCUGCGCUGCGCAUGAUCGGCCUCAAGGGCCGCAUGACGGUCAUCGACAACUCGGGCGCGACCCUCGCCGAGUGUGUCAACGUCCUCAAGGUCAAGACGAGGCACAAGUCGACUGGGUUCGGGACUGUUGGUGACGAGAUCGUCUGCGUCGUGAACAAGGCGCGCCCAGUGCCGCAGCUCACGCCCGGCGCGCCUGCGCUGCAGAAGGUGCGCAAGGGAGACGUGCGCCGGGCAGUGAUCGUGCGUACGAAGAAGGAGGUUACGCGGCCGGACGGGAGGGUGAUCCGUUUUGACGACAACGCAUGUGUGCUGCUCAACAGCAAGGGCGAGAUGCUCGGCACACGUAUCAACGGUGUGGUGUCGGCCGAGCUGAGCAACGAGCCCAACAACCGGUGGGCCAAGAUUCUGGGUCUCGCGACGAAGAUUGUGUAACGCAUUGCAUGUAUGGCAUCCUCUCAGCGGGAGGGCGAGAUGGAGAGGAGAGGAGCCGGGAGGAUUCGAACAGCGUGAGCAGAGAACCGAGAUAGCGGAGUUGAG